GCCUGAAGCCGUGCUCAGUCUCAGAGCAAUAAACCUAAAUUUUCAUUGUGACCCUUUAUUGGUAAUUAAUAAAAUAAAAACAGAACAAAUAAUUAAGCAUUUUUACGUGCAAUAUGCCAGAGGAUGCAAAAAAGCAGCAUAAAGGAAAACCUGACCCUAAAGAGCAGCGAAGGCGAAGAGGGCGGCAGCAGCAGAAUGCCCCAGUUGAAAAGAUACCAGAAAAAGAGCCUGAUAGAUUGCAUCCAGUUAUUGAUGCAAAAGAAAAGUCAGAAAAACCAGUAUACGAGCCGCCACCACCAGAAUUCUAUAAAAACUUGAAGCGUGAAACGGACGAAAUAAUAAAAAUAACAGAAGAAGCAAAUUCAAAGUAUAAAAAGAAGGAGAUUCUAAGUAAUUGGUCCAAAUAUGAGAUGCCAAUAGAUAGUUAUGAAGAAAUUGAUGAACAAGAGAAUCUAGGAGCUGAUUAUGAGACGCUCGCAACAGCGCCACUCUCAGUCGGUGGACAUUUCCAAUUCAAACAUGAAAAAUCUUGGGAUACAAAUACUGGACCUUCAUUGUAUGAUAAAUAUUUUGAUAUCAAUAUGAAAAACUUAAAUACAGCAUUGUCGACAAUACCAUUUUUUGAACGAAAUGGUAUUGAUCAAUUGAUUUUCAGUGAAAUAGACAUACAGAAUAUGAACCAUAGAGCAACAAAGUUUAAACAAAAGUAUUAUAAAGAUAAGAAAUUCACCACUCCUGAAUUAGAAGCUCAAGAGAGAAUUCUAAAUAGUUUAACUAAAUCUGAUGAUAGUAAUGAAAAAGAAGUAAUUUCUACUGAAAAGGAAAUUGAUUUUAAUAUUAAUAAACCUAAUGAUAUCCUAGAGUCGGAGGAAACUGAAAUAAAAUCUGAUAUAUUACCUAAAUUAGAACAAAAUGAUAUAAAUUUAGAUAAAGUUGAAAAAAAUGAAAGAAAACCUGAAAUUGCAGGUCCUGAAGUUCCAGCAGAAAUGCCUCAAAAUCUUGAAAGUACAUUGAGUAUUACAACUAGUGACAACAAAAUAAUUAAACCUGUAGAUGACAAAUGUGUUAAAAAUAAUGUUAAUGAAAAUGUUAAAGUAUUAGAAGCUAAUAAAUUUGAAGAUGACGUUGAUGAGAUUCUAUAUGACACAGCUAAUAAAGAUCCUCCUAUCAAGGAAAUACCAGCAGAGAAACCAAAUAAAGUAGAUACAAUUCCUCUUGCAGCUAAAGUAGUUAAUACAAAAGCACCAGUUGAACCAGCUAAAAAUCCUGUAAUAGAAUCUCCUGAAGACCUUGAAAAGUGGCUUGAUGAUUUCUUGGAUGGUUAAAAUAUAUUAUCUGUGAUAAACUAACCCAUAUUAUUAAUGUAAACAUUCUUUUUAUAAUCUAAUAAUGAGUGUAUAAUUAUUUAACUUGUUAAUUAUUAAUAUAAAUUUAAUUUUGUUAAUUAUUGACAAACAUAAUAAAUGCAAUUUUGUUAUCGUAUCUAAGUAUAAUUUGAUUUAUUAUGAGCAUUAGUAAUGAUCCAUUAAACAGAAAAAGGCAAGUUUUCUGAUAAUCACUUAUCCACCACCUUUUCCAAGUAGUAACUAAAUUCUUUCAUAACUUAUAUGUUAACUAGUCAAGUACAAUUUGAUUGCAUGUUACGAUUUUACUCUACCAAGUGUCCUCCAAUUUUUAUUAAUCCAUAUACCAUAAGAAAAUAUCUUGUGCGAAACGAAGAGUAGGAAAACUAUUGUAAAGCUAUAUUCAUAAUUAAGUACUUACAUAAAUAUUGAGUAAAUAUACAUUUCUGAAUGUAAGACUGUAUUUAGUCUCACGCUGACUGUACGCGUACCGUCCGCGUCAGCGCUGAUGCUGAUGACCGAGAUAUAAUAUGAUCAUCUAGGAAGCAUUAAAAAAAAAGACGUGUGGUAAACCCCGAGUGCCGCGGAAAAGCUAUUGCAUAGCAUGCCUUCAAGCCACACCUCCGAUCCCGUCGGAGUAGGGAGCGUGAGGUUUUAUCGUUACGGAAUUUCUCGAUUCGGUCCCCGCGCUUAAGGCCCGCGAUAGAAGCUAUGCAAUAGCUUAAGAAUUAUUAACAGAGCUGUCAGCGCCGGUAGUCAGUGUGAGACUUAAUUCAGCCUAAAACGUUUGCUACGUUUUACAUAAACUGGGAAAUAAAGAAGACCUCAUAUAGUUUCAUAAAUAA